UGUUACGAUCCUUCGCAGAGACGAGAACUGCAGCCCCUCUCUCUCUCUCUCUCUCUAAGAGCUGGUAUUGUUGCAGUGCAGACCUCGUGAAACUCUCCAUUAAUGGCGGACCUCAAAGAACGCCUUCUCCCGCUAAGACCCUCGCCGGUGGUAAACGUUAGAGAACAGUCGUUCAGACCCUCUGCCUCCGGCCGGUCGCUUUUCCAAGGCACGGACUUCCUAGGGCUGAAGAAGCGCGGGCAAAGUAUUCGAUCAUGGAUUCGCGUCGACACCUCUGGGAACUCUCAGAUAAUCGAGGUUGAUAAGUUCACCAUGAUGCGUCGCUGCGAUCUCCCUGCCCGGGAUCUCCGCCUCCUCGAUCCUUUGUUCGUCUAUCCGUCUACCAUUCUCGGAAGAGAGAAGGCGAUUGUCGUGAAUCUAGAACAGAUUCGGUGUAUAAUCAACGCCGAUGAGGUGUUACUAUUGAAUUCGCUUGAUAGUUAUGUUUUGCAGUACGUUGUGGAGCUGCAGCGGCGAUUGACUCAGGCUGGGGACGGGGAGGCCUGGCAGUCGGAUGGUCCUAAUUCACAACAGAGCAGGGAUGUGUUCGAGAAUACGUCGCCAGAUUAUUUGCCCUUCGAAUUUAGGGCGCUCGAAGUUGCUCUAGAGUCUGCAUGUGCGUUUCUCGAUACUCAGGCAGCAGAGUUAGAAAUUGAAGCAUAUCCAUUGUUAGAUGAACUAACUUCAAAGAUCAGUACCUUAAACUUGGAACGAGUUCGUCGAUUGAAAAGCAGACUUGUAGCUUUAACUCGAAGAGUCCAGAAAGUCAGGGAUGAGAUAGAGCAGUUAAUGGAUGAUGAUGGAGAUAUGGCUGAAAUGUACCUUACAGAGAAGAAGCGGCGCAUGGAUUUAUUCUAUGGUGAUCAGUCUUUUAUAGGAUACAGCUCUACUGGGAGUGGGUUAUCUGUUUCUGCCCCAAAUUCUCCUGUUUCAACCCCUGACGGUCGGAAACUUGAGAAAAGCUUGAGUGUUGGAAGGAGCAGGCAGGAUAGCAUGAAGAGUUCAGACAGCACAACUGAGAACAUAGAAGAGCUGGAGAUGUUAUUAGAGGCAUACUUCGUAGUGAUUGAUAGCACUCUCAAUAAACUAACAUCGUUGAAGGAGUAUAUUGAAGACACGGAAGAUUUCAUCAACAUUCAGCUGGACAAUGUCCGCAAUCAACUAAUCCAAUUUGAACUGCUGCUUAGUACUGCAACAUUUGUUGUUGCAAUCUUCGGAGUGGUGGCUGGGGUCUUUGGGAUGAACUUCUCAAUAUCAUUGUUUAACGAACCAGAAGCAUUCAAGUGGGUUCUUAUAAUCACAGGAAUAUGUGGGGUUAUUAUAUUCUGUUCAUUUUUGUGGUUUUUCAAGUACAGAAGACUCAUGCCCUUGUAAAUGCAACAAAAGUGAGAGAGAAGGCAAGGGAAUCUCUCCUUCAGACCUAUUUUAAUUGUUAUUUAGAUUUUGGUGUAAGAAAUCCAAUUUCAUUGAAUUCUUUCCUGUAUAUGCUGUCUCCUCUUGCAAGUCCUGUCAUAUAGAACAAUUAAUCUG